AUGACGUAUUCAAUAAUAGCACUUUGUCUUUUAUUGACAGCUGUCAAUGGAAAUGUGGAGGACAGAAUCGAGAAACUAAUGGGUUUGCAAUAGAAUUAUCAGCAUUCCCAAUCCGAGAGCUUCUUCUACUACACCCAAGUGGCCAAAUGCAGUUUGAAGACCAUUACAAAUUGGAAUUGUGGUUCAUUUUGCUAACAUCAUCCAGACAUGGUUGAAGUGAAGGCAUUCUACAAGGCCGAUCACCAUGCCCAAGCGUACGUGGGAUACAACAAAAAGGAGAACUUGGUAGUGGUAGUGUAUCGAAGCACCCAAGACUUUAUCAAUUGGUACAAUAACAUCAAGUUCUUCAAACACGAUUUCGGAGAUUGCAAGAAUUGCAAAGUCCAUUUGGGAUUCUGGGAAACUUAUGAUGACGUAUCAGCAGAGGUGUUGGCUGCUGCAAAAGCCUUGAAAGUCAAAUACCCAUCUUCAAAAAUGUUAGUUACUGGACAUUCUUUGGGAGGAGCAGUGGCUUAUUUGGCUGCUGUGGAUUUAAAAAAAUUAGGAUACAAAAUUGAUUAUUUCUUCACUUAUGGAGCUCCUAGAAUUGGAACACACGAAUUUGCUGUUUGGUUCACCAGUUACGUUGCUGCAACAGAGCACUGGAGAGUGACUCACUAUAGAGAUAUGGUAAUUCAUCAACCACCUUCCUCAUUCUCAUACAAACACCCACCUUAAGAAGUUUGGUACACUCACGAUAACAAGUCAUACAAGAUUUGUUCAAGUGGAACUGACGAGGAUCCCACCUGUGCAAAUUCAAUCAUAGGAGAUUCUUCAUAAGAUCAUACUAGUUAUUUCGAUGUUAGUGGAUCAUGCACAGAGUCAUUCACAGAGGAUAUUGAAAUAUGAUUUAAAUUUGUAUGGCAUAAUAAAAAUAAUACAAUUA